UCGAGACGCAUCCCCGUGCAUCCGGAUGCGGGUAAAGAUGGAGGAGGCGGAGGGAACGAACAGAGAGAUGCGGAUUCUGUUGGUUAGGCGUUAAAAUCAGGAGACAGGAGAAAGUCAAGGGCAAAAGAUGAUGGGAGUCUUUUCUGGGAUUAUAAAUGCGUUUUGGUUAAACGUGGACUGAAUUUAUUUGGGGGAAUUCAUCUGCAGGAAAAAUCCGAAUCCAGGCUUGUCAACGGAGCAUCGGACACUAACCUGUUAUAUGCAAUAUUCUCAGAGUCAGAAGGGAAGAAAAGACAGGGGACAAAAAACGGCGAUAUGGACACGUCUUAUGGACUGAUGUUUCUCGUUUUGAUCCAUUAACAUCAAAUAAUCCUGUCUUAUUAUUAUUUUCCGCGAUACUAUGGUCGCUCUUUAAAUCUGCACAUGAACGUGCUACAUUAAUACCCGUAAAAUCUUUAAAGGAAAAAAGAAAGAAAGAAAGAAAAGAUGACAUCGUCCUGGCAGACUUGUCUCUUCCUGUCCUGUUGUAUUGCCGCCGCGUUUGGAGCUGCAGAGCCCGGAGCGCCGCGCGCGAGCUCUGUGUUACUGCGCGUGCCCGUGCGCAAAGGCCCCGAUCGCGCUCCCGCGUCACGCGCAAACCCGCGCGCACGGACACCGCGAGCCGUCAGCGGCGUGAAUUUUGUUGACAUGGUGGACAACCUGCGGGGAAAAUCAGGACAGGGCUACUAUGUGGAGAUGGCGGUGGGAAGUCCACCUCAAAAGUUGAACAUCCUGGUUGACACAGGGAGCAGUAAUUUUGCAGUUGGAGCUGCAGCUCACCCGUUUCUCCAUCGAUACUACCAUCGCACUCUAUCUGUGUCAUACAAGGAUCUGGGUCGAGGUGUGUACGUGCCGUACACACAAGGCCGCUGGGAAGGGGAGCUGGGCACAGAUGUGGUGUCGGUCCCACAUGGCCCCAAUGUCACACUGAGAGCCAACAUUGCUGCUAUCACCCAGUCAGAUCGCUUCUUCAUCAAUGGCUCUAACUGGGAGGGUAUCCUGGGUCUGGCCUACGCUGAGAUCGCCAGGCCUGAUGAGAAUCUUGAGCCUUUCUUUGACUCCUUGGUGAGACAGACGAAUGUUCUCAACCUCUUCUCGCUGCAGCUCUGUGGAGCAGGUUUCACUCAGAACUACAGCCUGGGCAGUGCCACAGUGGGAGGCAGUAUGAUCAUUGGCGGGAUUGACACAUCGCUCUACGUGGGAGAGGUUUGGUACACUCCGAUUCGACGUGAAUGGUAUUACGAGGUCAUCAUUGUUCGCAUCGAAGUCAAUGGACAAGAUCUCAACAUGGACUGCAAAGAGUAUAACUACGAUAAGAGCAUCGUCGACAGCGGCACCACAAACCUGCGCCUGCCUCGCAAAGUGUUCCAGGCGGCUGUGAAGGCCAUCGAAGCAGCUUCUUCAACUGAGCAGUUUCCUUCAGGCUUCUGGCUGGGUGAGCAGUUAGUCUGUUGGCAGGCCGGAACCACACCCUGGCACAUCUUUCCUGUUAUAUCCCUUUACUUGAUGAGCGAAAACCGCAACCAGUCUUUUCGCAUUUCCAUUCUUCCCCAGCAAUAUCUCCGACCCGUAGAGGAUGUGGCCUCAGCGCAAGAGGACUGCUACAAGUUUGCUGUGUCACAGUCGAGCACGGGCACCGUCAUGGGUGCCGUCAUCAUGGAAGGAUUCUAUGUCAUAUUUGACCGUGAACGUAAACGCAUAGGCUUUGCCGUCAGCACAUGUCACGUUCAUGAUGAGUUCCGCACAGCAUCGGUGGAGGGUCCCUUCCACGGAGUUGAGCUGGAGGACUGUGGCUACAACGUGCCCCAGACAGACGAGUCCACGCUUAUGACCAUUGCCUAUGUCAUGGCGGCAAUCUGCGCACUCUUCAUGCUCCCCCUCUGCCUUAUGGUGUGUCAGUGGCGCUUUGCCCGCUGCCUGCACCCACCAGGCUCUGGUGACUUUGCAGAUGACUUAAAUCUACUGAAAUAAGCCAUAGCUUUAGCAUCUCAAAACACAAGCAGGUCACCGCUGGGACUAUAUGUGGUGUUUGAAAAGAGAAGGAGAUCAGGAAUAAUGUGUACUGUACAUAGGCAAAAUGCAUCUAUAUGGCAUGUAAUUGGACUGUUGUGAUAUAGGGGGUCCCAUCUUAUUUAGCCUUUUGAGGCAUUUUAAGUGUAUAAUCUCUACGACAAGUGUGUGUGCGAGCGUGAGCAUGUGUGUGUGUGUGUGUGUGUGUGUGUGUGUGUGUGUGUGUGUGUGUGUGUGUGUGUGUGUCUAUGUGCUCUUACGAUGUCAUAACCUUUACUAAAAUCUCAAACCUUGAGGUAAUUUCGGAUUAUUUGUAUUUAUAUUAAAAUGCCAGCCGUUGAAAAGGAACUCACACAUUUACUAACUUCCCAGAGGACCUGUUAUUAUUAUGAAGAAAUAAUAAAAGCUUGCAAAGAUGAACAUUUAUUUUAGAGGCCAGUUUAUGGAAGUAGUUCAUUUAUGUAACAAGCUCUUUGUAUUUGCUAUUUUUUCAUUGAUUGUGAAGCUGAAUAGUAGUUUUGUGCUGGCUUAAUGUGUGGCAUAUAUGGUGGAAAACAUAGGUGUGCGCACACACACUAAUCCGGUGUAUUUUUCAUGCUCACAUAUACACACUCAUACAGAAGUAUAGACUGACACAUAACCAGCCUUUCAAAAGUGUAUAAUCCCUGUAUGAAGGUGUGUGAGAUACAUGCAGAGUUUGAAAUUGCCUAUGCAGUAAAAUAGUUAUAUAUUAUGUAAUUUGUAUGUUAUAUACAUAAUAUAUAUGAUAUAUAUGUGUCAAGCUAGCUGCAUUCCACUCAAUGCAAAUCAGUUAUUUAACAGAGACAUUUUUUAACGUUCUUUAUUUUUUGGUGUAUUUUUUUUUUUAUGAAUUAUUCUGGACUAUGCUAAAAUACUACAUUGGAAUUUAAAUAGUUUUUCUGCCUUUUGUUUUUUCAUACUAAGCACUAUUCAACCUGUACUGCAUACAAAUUUAAACCUCACUUUUCUGUGC